AUGGCUCAUCUUCGAGACAUGCAAAACCAGAACUCCCGUUUGGAUCCCGAGGAGUACUUCACCAAACUAGAGCGCAUCGGCAAAGGCUCCUUCGGCGAGGUCUACAAAGGCAUCAACGACCGCACCAAGGAGGUGGUGGCCAUUAAAAUCAUCGAUUUGGAGGAGGCCGAGGAUGAAAUAGAAGACAUCCAGCAGGAGAUCACGGUCUUAAGUCAGUGCGAUAGUCCCUUCGUCACCAAGUAUUACGGCUCUUACCUCAAGGGAACCAAGCUGUGGAUUAUCAUGGAGUAUUUAGGUGGCGGAUCUGCUCUGGAUUUGUUGCGCCCGGGACCUCUGGAAGAGACCUAUAUCGCUACCAUACUACGGGAAAUCCUCAAGGGCUUGGAGUAUUUGCAUUCGGAAAGGAAGAUUCACAGAGAUAUCAAAGCCGCCAACGUGCUGUUGUCCGAGCAGGGCGAAGUCAAGUUGGCGGAUUUCGGCGUGGCCGGACAGUUGACCGACACGCAGAUUAAGAGGAACACCUUCGUGGGCACGCCCUUCUGGAUGGCGCCGGAGGUCAUCAAGCAGUCGGCGUACGACUUCAAGGCGGACAUUUGGUCCCUGGGAAUCACCGCCAUCGAGCUGGCCAAAGGCGAACCCCCCAACUCGGACCUGCAUCCCAUGCGGGUCCUCUUCCUCAUUCCCAAAAACACUCCGCCCGCCCUGGAAGGAGCCUACAGCAAAGCGUUCAAGGAGUUCGUGGAGGCCUGUCUGAAUAAAGACCCGCGUUUCAGGCCGACGGCCAAAGAGCUGCUGAAGCACAAGUUCGUCGCCCGCUACACCAAGAAGACGGCCUACCUGACGGAGCUCGUCGACCGCUACCGCCGCUGGAAGUCGGAAGGACACGGGGAGGAGUCCGGCUCCGACGACUCGGAUAUGGACGCCGACGGCGAUGUGGAUUCCUGCCCCGUCUGGACUUUCCCCACAGUCAGACCCAACUCUUUGAACAAAUUACAGAAGGGCUACGCGCGUACGGGCUCGGAGGCGAAAGAUUGUGUCAAGAGGCAACCCAAGUCGCAGUGCUUGUCUGCCUUGGUCACGCCCAUCUUUAGAGAGCUGAAGGAGAAGCGGCGAGCGAGCGGCGCCGGGGCCAUGGAGGAGCUGGAGAACGCCUUCGACCUGGCGGAGGAAUCCUGUCCGGGGAUCUCCGACCGCCUGGUCGCGCACAUGAUGGAGAGGGUGUGCCGGUAG